GUCGUCUCCGAGUACGAAAGUAAUACUAAAUAAAUAAUAACAAAAACCAUUAAGCGUUUUGCAUAUUUUGAACUAGAACUAAUGAAUUUGAUUGUCUGUGUACCGUCAGAUUGAUUUAGUUCAACCAAACCUCAUUUCCCUUUCCAUUCUUAAGUCCCUUUUUUCAUACGAACCGAGUCAUACUACCGAUUAUUUUGAAAGUUAAAUAGAAAAGAAUAUAAUAUCAUUAAUUUUUUUAAUGUAAUAUUCGUCUUUUUAGCAAUCUAUCAGGAAUCCUUAAAAAUUUACCCUAAUACUAUAUUGCGAAGUAUCUAGUUGCUUUUUUAUACUUUCUUUCCUUCUCCAUAUUUAUUCCUACUUAAUUUAUUCAGGAUCUUGUUUAAAAAUCAAGUACUUUACAUAAUGAACACGACAGCGAAACAAACACAGACAUCUAUCGAUAUAAUUGAACAAGCAAAAGAGAAUAUCGAGCCUAGAAGACAAGGCCAUUCUGCUGCUGCUAUCAGCAAAACUUUCUCCAAGGACCAUGAGCAAAAAGUUAGCAAUCAGCUACAUGAGGAAAGAAUAAGUUUUGAGGAAAAGCUUCAAAUUGCAGACAGAGAGGAGGACCCUUUACAAGUAUGGAUUGACUAUAUACAAUGGACUUUGAACUCUUAUCCUCAAGGUAAUACGAGUGAAAGCGGAUUACUUUCGUUAUUAGAACGCUGCUCUCAACAAUUCGUAAAGUCCCCGAUAUAUAAAAAUGACAUACGCUAUCUUCGUAUUUGGAUGCAAUAUGCAAAGUACGUGGAAGAUCCAGCUGAGUUAUUCUCCUUUUUAUCACUUCAUGAAAUAGGAACAAACUUUUCACUUUAUUAUGAAGAAUUUGCAGGUUACUUUGAAUCAAAUGGAUUAUACAAAAAAGCUGAAGAUGUCUAUCAAAAAGGGUUUCUACGAAAGGCUAAACCUUUUGCUCGAUUUCAACAACGCUAUGAUCAGUUUCUCCAUCGUAAAGUUAUAUAUGCUCCUGACACUAUUACUAUGCGACAAACUAAUGAAUAUCCUCCUUUGCAAACUACUUUCCAGCUAUCUAAUCCACACCAACAAAACGGACGAUCGGAAGUGUCUGUAUCAGAUGCAAGGCGAAUUUCUGUUUUUUCAGAUACUGAAGGUACUAGCUCUACGAACGGUAGAUCGACCAAUCCAACCUCAUGGGAAAAUUUUGGAACUGUAGAGCAGAAAAGGAAAGAGAAUACAGUUCCUUCUCGUGCCUGGGUCGGUGAAACUUUACAGACACACUCAUCUCGUAAGGUUGAUCCACUGAAUACUUUUUCUGUUUAUCAAGAUGAAAGUUCCUCCCAUUAAUGUCUUUCUUUGACUACACUUCUUUGCUAUGAAAUACUAUAAUUUGUGGGUCAUUUGUAUCAAAUUCUGAACCUGUUAAAGUUACCUUUCAUUUAAUAUUAUUUACAAACAAACUAAGCUUUAAUAUAUAUGUCAACUGUAUUAUUAAUGGGAC